AUGGUUCCAGAAGAAGUGGAGAUAGCCAAGAUAGAAGAAACAUUAGAGACUAUUAAAUGCUUGGGGCGAGUCAGAGUCAGGGGCCGUCAGUUUCACACCUCCUUGAGCUGCCGUAUGGUGCUCUGUGAAUGCAGAGAAAAUAUACCCCGAGAGAAUGCACCAAAAGAAGUGCUGGAGCCGGACAGUGGUCAAAGAUGGCCGAUAGUCACUCUUGAUGAAAGUGCAGCUUCUAAUGAUUUCGCUCAGAGGGUGAGAAGUCUCCUAGACACUGAGGGAAAGACUAUGGAAGAUAUACAAAGCUUAUUUUCCAGCCCUGCUCAACCACAGCGCAACUCUGAUCCCCCUGUAAAUUCUACUGAGUCUAUAUUGCAAGCGGUGGGCGAUCUGUUGGAGAAGACACGUAAACCACAAGCUGAAGGUGGUUAUCGGCGAUUGAGGCUGUUCUCAGGAAACCUGCCAAUCCCUCCCAGUGAGGAGCCGUUUGACCACUGGUUGGAACAGGCAUGGCUCAUGAUAGAGGAAAGUGACUACACUGACAAGGAGAAAAGGCGCAGGCUGAUGGAAAGCUUAAAGGGACCCGCGUUAGAGAUUGCUAAAUCCGUUCGUGAGUCGAACCCUGAAGCAGGUCCCGAUGAAUAUUUGGAGGCAUUGGAAAGUGCAUUUGGCAGUGCUGAAUCUGGAGAUGAUCUUUAUUUUGCAUUCCGAUUAAUGCAGCAGCAACCAGGUGAAAAGCUGUCUGAUUUCCUAAGGCGCUUGGAGAGGUCCCUCACUAAAGUUGUUCAGAGAGGAGGAUUAACAAGCUAUAGCAAAGACAAAGCACGCCUAGAGCAACUUCUAAGAGGGGCCGUUGUUUCCGACCUCAUGUUAAUUCAGCUGCGUCUGAGAGAGAAAAAGUCCUCACCCCCAACUUUCCUCCAGCUCUUAAGUGAGAUCCGCAUAGAGGAAGAGUAUGAGGCAUCGAGGAGGAAACUUAAUUCAUCUGUCCAUCGUGUGCAAACAAAACAUUCUGAAACAGAGCAAACAGAAAUACAAAAUCUCAAAGCUGAAAUUAAAGAGCUCAAGACUAAGUUUGCCACCUGCAUAUCUAAGUCCCCUGAUGCUAAAGAGAAAAGGGAAUCCCCAGUGCAGUCCGGUGAAUGCAGUGAUACCCAAGAACUGGCUGCAUUGAAGAAACAAGUCAGAAGACUGCAGAACAAGGUAGCCCAGAAAGGACUGAUUGGACCACCCAGCAUUGUACCACUCAAGGUGAACGGACAGCCCUGUGAGGCCUUAUUCGACAGUGGAUCACAGUGCACCCAGUCACUGGCCUAG